AUCGUUGGGCUGAACCGAAGGACUUGGAUGUCUUGUGCUAGCCAGCUCGGAACUACUCGUACAUUGUUGACGUUUCAGUUUUAUUUUCAUUGUACUGAGUAAUAUUAGAUCACAUCGCUAACGCUCCGUUGCUGUGCUCGGUGCACUAGCAAAUAUUUAGUCAUUUGGACACGCUGACAGCUCAAGCAGUUUGCCAAAAUGAAAUGGAUGUUCAAAGAAGACCAUUCCUUAGAGCACCGAUGUGUGGAGUCUGCCAAAAUCCGCAACAAAUACCCCGACAGAGUUCCGGUCAUCGUGGAGAAGGUGUCGGGCUCACAGAUUGUGGAUAUCGAUAAGAGGAAGUACCUGGUGCCUUCCGACAUCACGGUGGCGCAGUUCAUGUGGAUCAUCAGGAAGCGCAUCCAGCUGCCCUCGGAGAAAGCCAUCUUCCUCUUUGUUGACAAAACAGUGCCGCAGUCCAGCCUGACAAUGGGACAGCUGUACGAGAAGGAGAAGGACGAGGAUGGCUUUUUGUACGUGGCCUACAGUGGAGAGAACACAUUUGGAUCAUAAAAGGCCUUCGCUUUACAUUACUGUCACACUCACACAACACACACCACCAUCUGAUCACACGCACCUUUCCACUUUCCACCACAAACAUGUCACCCACACCCCCCACACAUACAUCUUCAUCCACACACCUAUCCAUUCUUCACUAUAUUUUCUGAGAGCUUGAUUGUGCUGCUGAGAAGGUGGUUGUAACGGGAAGUGGAAACUCUCCCAAUACUUCACAGCCACCACACACACACACACACACACACACACACACACACACACACACACACACACACACACACACACACACACACACACACACACACACACACACACACACACACACACACACACCUUACCUUGCAUUAGCCAUGUCAUGGGUUUGUCUGUUUGUCAUUAGUGUCAUGUGUAUCUUAUUGUAUCAUGGAGACAAAAAAAAACAUGAGUUAGAGUGAAAACGAAUAGUCUGUUCAAAUCUGACAGAAGAAAUCAAAAACUUUUUGUUGUGUGAAUGGCAUCAACCUAGUAUUCAAUAAGGUCGUUAACAUCCUUUACAGCCAUUUCAUAUAUAAACUGUUUUAAAUAUAUUAAUUUAUGAAUCAAUUUUCGUUUUCUUUUGUUGUUGUUAUUGCUUUGAAUAGUAUAUUUAAAAAAAGUAUAAAAAUGGGAGGUAGCUGGAUGACCUAACCAAUAAAAAAGCGACAUAAAAAUAAUCCCCACCA